AUGAUGACUCCAACCUGCGUUCAAUGUGAUAGAGGUCUUCUAUCAAGCAUAACGCGUCCAGCAAAAAGUUGCGCUGGGCCAGAAACUAAAGCACAUUCAAGAGCGAUGAUAAAUAUCGCUGUAGAUGCGACCUACCUUGAGCUGCUUGAACUGCUCGAUGGUGGCUUCCUCCGAGUUGUGCGGCGGGGGAAGCUUGUGCGUCCUGUUGGACACGGCCAGCAAGGGGUUCGUGUCUCCAUCCAGGAGGACGAACUCCUGCCACAUCACAGAGUCGUCCUUCAGGAUCCAUCCGUCUCGGCGGGGCCUACCUGUAACAAUAGUCCUCUGUGA